UUUUUAAUUUAGUCUACCUCGAAUUGCUGACCACCGCUAACUACGCCGUCUACCAAUAGGCCGGCGUCAUAUCCCAGUAUUAUCCGACGUUGGUUCGCGAGGCAGAGACGGGCUCAGUCGUAUGAUAAACGCGGAGCAGCCACCUGGGUGAGGAGGUGAGGCUCUGGUGCGUUUGCACAUCCGUCGACGCCGGUGAAUCGUGCACCACGCGAACAAUGUGCUCGCGGACUCCGUGAAACGGAACCGUCACCGAUGCUUGUUUAGUAUUGCGGAACCCGCGUCGAUCGACAAAUAUAUACCGUGUCCUUCUGUUCGAGUCUCGAUCGUCGAACGAAACCGAGAACCGCUCGCGGAUUUGAUAUUUGAAUCGUCAGACAUAUCACCAUAAGGAUCAAGAGAACAGAAUUGUGGCAAGAGGAUGAGCCUUCGUUGGAUUCACGAAAACUUAGAAGCACCAACAUGCGACGAGGAAUGCAGCGACAUCGAUGACAGUUGCAGCGACGACAGCUACGAUUCCGAUCUAUCGAUCGGCGAGGAGAAAGGGCCGGCCAGCGAAAAGGAGAUCAAUGGCGAUCACAGGAGGAAAAGGGAGACCAGGAGGCAUCCGACCACCACAGUGAAGUUCGACGAGAACGGAACUCCGCAUUACAUCACGCCGGAAUCGGUUAAACGGCCGCCUUACGUAAUAUGGGAUCCCAGGAAACCGGCGCAAAAUCCCGUGUACAAUUGUUUGGUAAUCAAAUUGUUCUGUCGGACCGGAUAUCAUCUUGGCGUGUCGGCUUCUGGACGUGUUCGAGGCUUAAGUGCCACGAACGAGCCGCAUGCCUUGCUUCACAUAAUACCGGUGUCAUUCGGAGUGAUUCGAGUACAAAGUCUCGAGACCAGUUUGUACUUGGCCUUUAACAAAAAGGGUCGUUUGUACGGGGAGCUAAACGGGAACAAAGAUAACACCGAAUGGGAGCAGUGGAACGUCGGCUCCUACGAUGCGUUUCGGUCGCGAAAAUACGCGAAUCAGGGUUGGUGGAUUGGAAUAAAGAAGAACGGGCGAGCGAAACCGGGGCCAGAGACAAGUUGGGGCCAAAAGUCGAUACAAUUCCUAGCGAUACGACAAGAUUAACUGUAUUAUUCAUUUCUACGAAUAUUUCAUACGAUUCCUUCAAAUUAAACCACGAUAAGUUUAAAUACUCGAACGAGAAAAAGAAAAAAACUAAAUGUAAGAUUGACCAGUGGGGAACUUUUUCAAAACCUUGUUGCUAAUUCGCGUGAUUUUUUACCAACAACGAAAAUCGACAGACAGCACGCGGGAAAUAAACAUAAAUCACUUUCUAAAGGGAAAUAAAUAAAUCUCGUUCACUUCCAAUAGAAUAUAAUGUUUAUUAUAACACUAUGUUACUCAACAAUGAAAUAAUUUGAGAUUGUGCAGUCUGCUUGUGCCCUUCAACUGAAACUUCAUCGCAAGUUGCAGUUUUAAAUUGCAAUACAUAUUGAUUCCUUCUUUAUCUUUUCUUUGUCUCUCUCUCUCUCUCUCUUUUUUAAUUAUAUUAAUCGUUGAUCGAACAUGCUGCAGGCAAAGUGUCGAUCGAGUUUCUUAAUCAGUCGAAUUUGCACUGUGCUCGCAGCAUUUAUACAAAUUCUAAUUUAUAUUAAUAUAUUUAUAUUUAUUUAUAUGUAAUUGUAUAUAUAUAUAUAUAUUUCUUAUCUCUUUUGUACAUCUACGUACAUUGCAUACACGUAUAUCAAAACCCUUAAGCGGAAAGCUUCAAUUAAAAAACACUGGUGUUUGAUUAAAUACGGUAACUAGAAACAUUGAUCACCCUUCUUUAUCCAAUACGUAUCAAAUACGCGAAAAAAAUCACAAUCAACCCCGAACGAAUGCGAUUUAACAGUAGAAAUUGGAUUCACACACCGGAGAGAACGCAAAAUCAUGCUUAAUUAUCAAAAAAAGAAAGAAAAAUCUUGAGUGAUUUUUCACCGUCGAAAUUGCACGUUUCCAAUCUCUCUCCUGUAGAUUUCACAGAGAUUCUUCGAAGACACACAUUGCACAGAUGCGAAACGGAAUUCUUUGGCAAUAAAUAACAAUAUUAACGUAAGCGUUUUGCAGGCAGAAAGCGUAUGCAGUGAUUAAAAGAGACGAACAAUAGUCGAACAAUGAGUUUCUUGUGCGCGCACGUUUGAAUCGUAAUUCGUCGUUCGUGGAAUCAUGCUCGAUUCGAACGUGCGUGUCAUGAGAGAGAAUUCUCGCUCGCGGACGAGCUACUCUGUGAAUAGUAUGCACACGAAUACGUGAUGAAACGUG